AUAAUGGAACUCCUUCCAUCCCAACUCAACAUUUUAUCAUCAUUCAGCCUUACUCCCGAGACAAUAUGAGGAGAGAUGUUUGGGUCUUCCUCUUCCUCAGCGUCCUAUUGUUCUUAAUCUCAAGCCAUUCGAUAAUAAUAGCCGUCGUUGUUACCAGCAAUACAUCAUCCCCUUAUUCGUCCCAACGCCCAAGCCCUGCCAGUGAGUGCGAUGCCCUGCUCCAAUUCAGUCAAUCAUUUACCAUCUCGAGGGAUGCCUCUGCAGAUUACUGCGAUUAUCCGACCAACACUUCAUAUCCGAAGACAGCCUCAUGGAAGAACGGCACCAAUUGCUGCUCAUGGGAUGGGGUCACAUGCCACAUGUCAAAAGAUUACGUGAUCGGCCUCGAUCUCAGUUGCAGUAGGCUUCGGGGAGCCCUCCAUUCCAACAGCACUCUCUUUUCGCUCCGGAAUCUUCAGCGGCUGAAUCUCGCUGGUAACAAUUUCACUGGCUCACCAAUUUCAUCGAGGUUUGGUAUACUUACAGGAUUGGCACAUCUCAAUCUCUCUGGUUCUUCCUUCUCGGGGAUCAUUCUUCUGGAGAUGAUAAUUCAUCACCAUUCCAACCUGAUUUCACUCGAUCUCUCUGUCAGUCUGAUUCCAUUCUAUCUCUCUGACAGUCAAUAUUUGACAAUAGAAGAGGAUCGUAGUUUCAGAAGGUUUAUUAGUAAUCUCACUCAGCUGAGAGAACUUGCUCUUGAUGGUGUAGACAUGUCUAGAAUUUCUCCUUCUUCCCUCACGAACCUCUCUUCCACUCUAACAUCUUUGACACUUGAUGUGUGCCUUCUGCAAGGGACAUUCCCAAUUAACAUCUUUCGUCUCCCAAACCUCCGCAUUCUCUCUCUUUCUGAUAAUUCUAAUCUCACGGGUGCUCUCCCCCAAACAAAUUGGAGUAGUAGUCCACUCGUCCUCUUGAGUCUAUCAUUUACAAAGUUCCACGGACCAAUUCCUGAUUCAGUGGGGAAUCUCACAUCCUUGGAAUAUUUGCACCUCAAAGGGAGCGAAUUUACUGGAUCGGUACCACCAACACUUGGAAACCUUGACCGCCUCUCUUCCUUGGCCCUCGGUGGUCUCAACCUUAGUGGUACCGUUGAUUUUGAUAUGUUUGCAAGGCUAAAGAAUCUUGAGGACCUUUAUCUUUCGGGGAACCUUAACGUAAUGCUUCCAAACAAUGGGAACUGUUCCUUCCCGAGGCUCAAAGAGUUGAUACUGCAGGGCGUCAACUUGACCGAGUUCCCAUAUUUUUUGAGUUCUUCAGAAGAGCUGGAAUUGCUGGACCUUGUUGGAAACAAGAUCAGUGGUCCAAUUCCUGAAUGGUUUGGGAGAGUGUGGAGCAACACGCUGGCAUACUUGGAUCUCUCUUCUAAUAAUUUCACUGGAGAGAUCCCAUCCUCAAUCUGCCAACUGAGUUCACUCAGAGAUCUAGAACUCUUAGAUAAUCGACUGGGCACCAUCCCGAGAUGCUUUGGAAAAUUAAGCAAUCUCUCUUAUUUGUCUAUCUCUUCUAAUAAUUUCACCGGAGAGAUCCCAUCCUCAAUCUGCCAACUGAGUUCACUAAGAGAUCUAGACCUCUCAGAUAACCGACUCAACGGCACCAUCCCGAGAUGCUUUGGAAAAUUAAGCAAUCUCUCUGUUUUGUCUAUCUCUUCUAAUAAUUUCACCGGAGAGAUCCCAUCCUCAAUCUGCCAACUGAGUUCACUAAGAAGUCUAUAUCUCUCAGAUAAUCGACUGAAAGGCACCAUCCCGAGAUGCUUGGGAAAUUUAAGCAAUCUUCUAUUUGUCUCUCUUUUCUAAUAAUUUCACCGGAGAGAUCCCAUCCUCAAUCUGUCAACUGAGUUCACUAAGUGAUCUAUCAUUCUCAGAUAACCGACUCAACGGCACCAUCCCGAGAUGCUUGGGAAAUUUUAGCAAUCUCUCCUAUUUGGAUUUGAGCCACAA